AUGAAGGCCUCUGACACAUUCCUUAUCAUCUUCCUCCUCCACAGGACUCUGUGUGUGUCGGGGAGGACAUUGGAAGAUACGGUGGAGGAAUGGAAACGCUACAGGAAUGAAUGUCUGCUCCGGAUGAGUACAGAACCCACACCCAAAGGAGUGUUUUGUGGUCGUAUGUUUGACAUGUACGCUUGCUGGUCGGAUGGAAAACCAAACUCUACAGUCAAGGUGCCAUGCCCCUGGCACCUGCCCUGGUACAACCAAGUGCGUAAUGGCUUUGUGUUGCGGGAGUGUGGUCCUAAUGGUCAGUGGACCACCAGUAACUCCAGCCGCACCUGGAGGGACCAUUCUCAGUGUAACGUUAACACCACAGAUCUGAAGAAACAGAUGAUGAUCUUAGCCCACUUCAGAGUCAUGUACACAGUGGGUUACUGUGUUAGUCUGGCCAGUCUUUCUCUGGCUCUGACUAUUCUGCUCUUCUUCAGGAAGUUGCACUGUACCAGAAACUACAUCCACAGCAACCUGUUUGCAUCGUUCAUUCUGCGAGCUGUUUCAAUCCUGACCAGAGAUGCUCUUCUGAACAGAGACACUCCUGAGUUCGGAGGGGUUCUCUCUAAAGUAUUCAGUAAUCAGGCAUUGUCUGGCUGCCAAGUGGCUCAGGUGCUGAUGCAGUACUGUGUGGGAGCCAACUACUACUGGCUGUUGGUGGAAGGCCUGUACCUACACAACCUGCUGGUGGUAUUCUCUGAUACCCGCUACUUCUGUGGAUACCUCCUUAUAGGCUGGGGCACCCCAGUAUUAUUUGUGGUUCCUUGGAUUAUUGUACGUUACAUGUUUGAAAACACAAGGUGUUGGGAGAUAAAUGGGAACAAGGUGUAUUGGUCCAUAAUCCGUACUCCCAUCCUGCUCGCCAUUCUGAUAAACUUCUUCAUCUUUAUCCGCAUCAUCCAUAUUCUUGUAUCCAAACUGAAAGCCCAUCAGAUGAGAUACACCGACUACAAAUUCAGACUGGCUAAAUCCACCUUGACCCUGAUCCCUCUACUGGGGAUCCAUGAAGUGGUCUUUGCAGUGUUGACAGAGGAGCACGUGGAUGGCGUUCUCCGUAACAUAAAUCUCUUUUUCCAGCUCUUCCUCAACUCUUUCCAGGGUUUACUUGUAGCCAUCCUCUACUGUUUCGUCAACAAGGAGGUGCAGGCAGAGGUAAAGAAGAAGUGGCAGAGGUGGAAGCUGGGGAUGACUGACCUGGAUGACCUGAGAAACACUGGCAGCAACACGGCACAGGUUUGUGGAAGCAUGCCACCAUCUAGCCAGUGCCACCCUCUGUCUACCUGUCUGCCGCUCAUCCAUCGCCAAGAAGACAGCCGUCUCUCCACCCUACCCCACCCCUCUGCUCUUCUUCACAAUCAGCUCCCCCUUCCUCAGCCCUGCACCCACCACCAGGACCAGCUGGGAGCCAGACAGCUGAUGACCUACUGCUGUAUCUCUGCUCAUAGACAGGAUGGUGGAGGAGGAGGAGGAAAUGAGGAGAAGUUUUGUGAAAGCUACUGCUGA